UAGCCCUCGGAGGAAGAUGAGUAACCCGCAGCCAGGACUGCUAAAUCAUGGCAACAUUUAUGGAGCGACUGGCUUUUCUUCAGAAAGUCCCGACUCUGAUGAAGGCUACAGCAGAUGAUGAAAACCCCUGUCCUGGAUACCUUUUCCAAGAGAUUGGAAAAAUCUCCCAUGAGUCUUCAGGUUGUGGUCAAUGUUUGUUGGAGUACCUUCUGGAAAGACUGCAGGUGGAGUCUUGUCACGUCAAACUCAAGGUGCUGAAAAUCUUUGUCCAUCUUUGUGGUCAUGGCUCAAAUCAUUUCCUCACAGAACUCAGAAGGAAUUCCACCUUCAUCCAGCAAGCGUCAGUUUACAGUGGGCCUCCUGAUCCUAUCCAUGGCACAGCAUUGUACCAGAAAGUGAGAAACACAGCACAGGAAGUGGCCAGGUUGCUUUUCACAGAUACAAUUUCCACCAAAAGCGGCGUCUCUCCGCUCAGCCUCGCACCCCCAACAAUGGGUAUGGGCUCAGCGACUUCCCACAGGUCGGGAAUGCAGGGCUUUGGCUACAGUCCAGGGAAACAGGGGGCAGCAGGCAGUGACUCGCUGCUGGAUAAGAUCCAGAAAGCUGCAGAGGUUGUGGCCAGCGCUGUCCUUCCCCCAACUGAACACCAGGGCAUCCGUCUCCAUGACAACCAUUACCGGGCCGUGGUUGCGCCGUCAGCUCCCAUAGAGGUCGCCGUGCCCGCGUGUGCCUAUAACCUACCUGCUCACACACAGAAAGCAUCGACCCGGCGGUGCCCAGGACAGGUAGGAGGCGGGUGGGAAGAAACCGACAGCGGCAACAGCUCCUCUCACAACUCCUCUCAGGAUAUCGCGGCUAACAGCAGGGCCUCUGUGGGCAGCAAGUCGGCUGGUACUGGGAGCCAAUCGGGGGCCAGCAGAGAGAGCAGUGGGGACCUAUCUGAACGGGUGGAAGCCUUGCAGCUGGGGGACUGCGGCCAGGAGAUGGCGCUAAUUAACAGACUGACUGAAGGAUCCAGAGUCUUUCUGUCCAGAGAGGAGAGCCAGCACUUCAUCAAAGAGUGCUCCACUCUCAACUGUGAGGUCGUGCUGGAGUUGCUCUCAAGCAAGCUUCAAGAUCCCUCAAACACUGUUAAGAUGCGGGCACUGUGUGCUGAAUCAUGCCUCAUGACCUCUGACCUCCUCUCUCUGGAACAAAUGUUUGGAGCUACACACAAAAGGCUCCACCAGCUGAGUGAGGGACCUCCAGGACCCGUGGCCAACAAAGCCACCAAGAUCCUGCGACAGUUUGAGGCUUUGAUGGGUGGAUCUGUGCACACUCUGAGGCGGGAUACAGCGAACAGCAGCCAUGUGGCAACAACUAAUCAGCUUCCAACAUCUACAUACUCAGACACUUUACUACCAACCCACUCUGCUGACACCACUAACAAUUAUCAAGCUGACAUCUCACCCACAGGUGCCACCCAAACACCAAAUCACCCAUCUUCACCUUUUAGUGCGGCCAUGGCCCAGAGAGACUCCUCAUGGGAGCCGAUGAAUGACGGUAACGAGGAAAAACUUUCUGCAGCUCAGCAAAAGUUAGUGCCAAACCAGUUGGAGCCAGUCAGGACUGCCGAGUUAAAAUCUGUCGCUGAAGAAUCAGAGCUCCCAACGGAUAGAAGCUGUUCUCCUCCAGCCGAGCCCCCGAGUGAGCCGCCCUGUCUGAGUAGACUGUCCCUGUUCAGCGGUAUGGAGCUGGUGACUAAGGGCAGGCCCCUGUGUAAGAGAGACACGUCCCAGACAGAGAUGGACACGACGGGUGACGGCGGGCGAAGGGAGAAUCUCACUGUGCAUAAAACUGGUGACGAUACUCCUUUAUUUUGCAAUUCAGUCGCAUCUGAUAGCAGCCAACCAGUAUCGGCCUUCUCAUUUCUCAACUUUUGACCAUGGACCAACUUUUUACAGCUGGAGCUGUCUCGGUUUAGCCAAUGAUGUCAUCACGUAUUAGAAAUCUAUUUAAUUUUAUAAACCAAGAUCAGAUCUGUAAGCUUAUGAGAAUAUAGUCGGCAGAUUCACUUUUUUGUUUUGGAUUUUCUGUUCUUAUUUAUACGGUGCCUCCUUUAAAAUUGUAUUUGAGCAGCAGAUUGGGUGAAGAGACGAGAGAUUUUGGAUGCAUAGUAACUGUAGUCCUUUAGAGUGCAGUCUGAAGUCAGCAUGAGAAACAACCUCAACUGUCCUAUACAGGAGGACUGGUGUCGAAGCUAUGUUACUGUUUGUUGGCUAAUUCCUCAAUAGUAUUUAGAAAGAAUGGUUGUCUUGAAUUACAGGUUUUUAUUGACAGUUGCUUUAUCUCAGGAUUCCUUUUAAUGAACUGAACUGUUAUGCCUCUGCAGCACGCCCGAAACCUCUGAGGGAGAAUCCCUCUGUUUGUAAUUUGCACUACAAUUGCUUUCCUUAUGGACUCAUAAACCUACAGAAGAGAGUUGUCUUCCAUAUCUUUUUUUGGUACUAAGCUAGUAUGUCAGUGUGAUGAGUUUUAGUUUACAAUUUAUUUAUCAUGUCUGCCCUGUAUUGAUUAAUCAUACCAGUGAGAGUGGUGGUAGAGUGCAUGUAUAUGAUUAGACUAGUUUAGAGAACUAAUGGAUGAAUAACUUUUGAGAUAUUCUGUGCGCAUUACUGUCUGCCGUCAGCAUAAUGCAAAAUCAGCAAUUUCAUGGGUGGUUGCUCCUGUAACCAAAUAAAUUGGUUGCUUUACCAUC